UAUUGUUAUCGCUUAUAAUCCAACUUCGUAUUAAUUAAGUCAGAUUUCAUGGCAGUUGUAUUUGGACAUUUAAAAGGUACAGACAUCAAGAUGAGAGUUGUAGCACUUCUUGCACUAGUCCUCUUGGGGGUCAAUGCCCUUCCCGAAGUCGACCCUCAGAUAACGAGUGAACGGCAGGCGCGUUUUAUUGAGGAUCAGAUCAUUGAGGAAAUUGAGAACAUCGCCCAGUCUAUAAGAGACAUGGGCUUAGAUCCAUUGUCGAUUGAGCACGACACUUUCGAAUAUGCGCUGCCUGUACCUGCACUCUUCAACGCGGCCGCUGAGGUGGAAGAUGUAAGGAGCUUUGGUCUCAGUAACAUUGUGGUUGAGCACAUGGACCUUCUUAUUCUUGCCGUUUAUAACAGACUCGAUUUCCAUAUAGCUUUGCCACAUAUACAUUUCUUUGCUCGUAAGGUGAAAGGUCUAGUUGAUACGUUUGGUGAAAAGUUGAUUGUUGAGGGAGACGGCAGUGUGGAUAUAAGAAAUGUAGACAUUGUUGGUAGAGCAUACAUCAAUCUUGGCAUUUCCAGCGGCAUCACUGUAUCUGGCAUAGACAUGGAUUUUAAAGUCGGACGAACUAGCUCCAAUAUUCGGUUAGCCAUCAACGGACAGAAUUUCUCUGAAGAAGCAAACCGAAUAUUCAACACAAAAAUUCCUAACGUUCUGGAUGAGUUCAGUGAUGAAAUCAACGAGCUUCUCGAAAUUAUCCUUAUAGACAUCAUCAAUGAAAACCUUUAAUCGACGUGAAUACGAGCAAAUAAUAUUUAUAAAUAAAUUGACUGUUUUGAAUAGUA